CAUCGAUAUCCACUCUUUCUGCCAUCGCGGUUGCCAUCGUUCUCACCCUUCUCUUCGUCUUCCGUUUUCAACAUGCCACCGAAGAAAGCUGCAGCCCCAGAGAAGAAAACUCUUCUUGGAAGACCUAGCAACAAUCUCAAAAUUGGAAUCGUAGGACUUCCCAAUGUCGGCAAAUCUUCCUUUUUUAAUGUCCUCUCAGAGACAGACCUUGCAAAUGCUGCAAACUUUCCAUACGCUACCAUAAACCCCGAAGAAGCCCGCAUUCCCGUUCCAGAUACCCGCUUCGAGUGGCUCUGCGACACCUAUAAACCAGCUUCACGCGUACCUGCCUUCCUCACGUGCAUCGAUAUCGCUGGUCUCACAGCAGGUGCUUCCACAGGUGCUGGUCUUGGAAACUCGUUUUUGUCCCACGUCCGUGCCGUCGAUGGCAUUUUCCAGGUUGUUCGUGCCUUUGAUGAUGCUGAAGUCAUCCACGUCGAAGGAGACGUGGACCCUCUGCGCGAUAUGGACAUAAUUCAAACGGAGUUGAGACUCAAGGACAUUGACUGGGUUGAGAAGGCUCUCGACAAUCUCAAAAAGUCUGGCCGAAGUUUGGGCAGCAACAGUCUCGCUGACAAGGCCAAGAAGGAAGAAAUUGCCGUGGUGGAGAAGGUCCUGAAAGUUCUCACUGUCGAUCAAAAGGAUAUCCGCAAGGCGGACUGGAACAACAAAGAGAUCGAUGUUGUAAAUGGCCUUCAAUUAUUGACGGCGAAACCUGUCACCUAUCUUGUCAACCUGAGCGAAAAGGAUUAUAUUCGAAAGAAGAACAAAUGGUUACCAAAGAUCAAAGGCUGGAUUGACGCUCAUAACUCAGGCGACCCUCUAAUCCCCUUCUCUGUCGCUCUUGAAGAACGUCUAGCAGCCCUGGAGCCAGAAAAGAAAAAGGAAGAAGAACAAUCCAUUGGUGCAACCAGCGCUUUGCCCAAGAUUACCCAGGCUGGUUACAGCAGCCUUGACCUCAUUCGUUACUUCACUUGUGGACCGGAUGAAGUUCGUGCCUGGACGAUUAGAAAGGGAAUCAAAGCGCCUCAAGCCGCUGGUGUUAUCCAUUCCGACUUCGAGAACAAAUUUGUGUGCGGAGAAAUCAUGUCGUACGAUGACCUGAAGGAACAUGGAACUGAAGCUGCUGUCAAGGCAGCUGGCAAGUUGAGGCAACAGGGGAAACCUUACGAAAUGGUAGAUGGUGAUAUUGCUUACUGGAAAGCUGGAGCGUAAAUCGUGGGGCAUGUGUGUAGUAUUCAGAGCAAAAUGUAAAAAUAUUAUAUUGCAGUUCAUGAGC